CUCCAAUCAAGGCCCAACAGGCCCAGAAGGCUCAACAGGCCCAAAUCACAGCGCCCAGAGUACCAAGCAGCCCACAAUGCGCACCAGGGGUGCCUUCGGCCCCCUGGCCGAAGGCUCUAACUCUCACAGGAGGGCCAGGACAGCAAAACAAAGUUACUGGGAAAAACGGCGAAAAUCAAUAGCCCUUGGCACCUGGAGCCCUCGGCCACUCCUCUACAGUUGAGGGCACCUUUCCCGACAUGAUAUCCGCGCCACAUGCGUACAGAUCGUCGUACCCUGCACAACGUCCCAUCCAACAGCCGCAUUAAAUGCGGCCACAUGCGGUUGCCAGCGCCAACCAGUUGAGAUGACCUCUCGGCCAAUAGACGCUUGACAUGUGUCCCUGUCUGGCAUUUAUUGCUACUAUAAAUAGCACCCCAUUUCCCCAUUUGUAACCACGCUGAAAACGCUGAACACUCUCCAAUAUACUUUCUCUCUCUAUACUUACUUGCUCUGACUUCUCUCUUGUUAUUCCCCGUAAUAACCCCUCGGAUAAGCUACCCCCCGGGUACACUAUCCAUCAGUCCCAUAAUUUGAUUUUACCGGGGAAAAUCAAAUUAAGAUUGGGUAAUUUAUAUUCACUCUAGGGACUCACUUUAAUUGAGAGAAUGAUAUAUAUUUAAUUUCGCACGGUAAAAAGUAAUACAAUUAAAACAGUCCGUGAAAUACAACUUUUGAACCGAAAAUACAUCUUGGAACAUAAAGGGAUGAAAUCUCACAUGACUGGUGGCCACUCCACGAAAUUAUGCACCCCAUCAGCCAAGGAGACAGUUGAGGUUGUAUUUGGGCAGAUGGAAAGGUGCAUAUGAGCUGAAGUGAGGGGUGGAUGAUGAGUAGACAUGAGGUGGACCUCCCUCCCACAUUAUUUGCAAGAGAGACAAAAGAGGCCUCAUUCACCUUCUCCUUAUUGGUUCGUCCAGGCCAUCCAAGAGAGAAGGGAGAUCCUCUUCAUGUGCUACUCUAUACGAAAUCAAAGAAAGGAAAAAGAGAAGAGGAGAAGAGAAACAAUAAGGAAGGAAGAAAGAGGAUACAAUAUGGAAUAUCAAGGUAUCAACAUGGAUCUCAACGCCUUGGCCGCCCUCAAGAAGCAGAAGGUUAAAGUCCCGGGCCAGAAGGAGCCCAGUAAACAGAAGCCCCUCGGGGAGUUUUCGAAGAAGGGCAGUGAGCCUUCGGAGGAGGCCGCCAAGAGGAAGGCCGCCGGCAAAGCCCCAAUCCCCGAGGGGAAGAGGCCAAAGAAGGGGGACGUUGGGAAGAAGGCCCCCCGGUGGUGGUUGUGGAUGAGCACUCCACUUCCGAGCCCUGUGCUCAAAUGGCAACGACUGCUUCUCACCUGCCCUCGGGUCAGGGGGGGUGAGGUAAGCUUGCCCCGAGAGGAUAUACGGUUCUCCCUGCCGAAGGGGGCUGCCAUCACACACGGCACCGUAGACCCCCGGGAGUUUCUGGGCGGGGCGACCCCUGCAUUGGACAGGAAGGCCCUCGGGAAGCUCGAUGAUGAAGCUCUCGAGUCAAAAAUCCUCCGGUCCUCCCUUACUGCCUGCAUAGCCCUCGGCGAAUAUGCCAGAAGGUUUGACGAGUGGCGCCUCCAGAAGGCGCAACAGAAUGAGUCUCUCAAAAAACUCAUUCAUGACAACGCCGAGGCCAUGAGGCAGAUGGCCCAGCUGGAAUGGGACCUCCAGCAGGCGAGGGCUGCAGCUGAGAAGGCAGUCAAGGAGAAAGCUGAGGUGGAGAAGGCUGCUACUGAGGCUGCAAGAAAAGCUUACGAGGACGCAGAGGCUGCCAAAACAGAGGCCGCCGCCGGUGUUGUUGCUGCCUUCAUGGCCGAGGGGUGGAAGGCAAAGGGCCACAAAGAUUGGGCAGCCUCGGUCGUGGAGGGGUCCGCUGAUGGGUGGGUGAACGGCCCUGGGGUGAUGUGGCUAGCCCGAAAUGGCGAAGAUUAUUAUGCUGGGGGGAAUUCUUCACCCAGGCUCUGAUUUACAGAAGGCUCGCGCGACAUCUGAAGAUCGAGCCGAAGGCCUUCGACCCAGCGGCGUAUGGCCUCCCCCCCCCCCCCUCCAGCCAGAUAUCCGAGUCCCCCUUCCCGAGGGCGUCGAAAGGCCAGAAUUGGAGGAUUCUGAGCUGUUGAAGGAAGCCGAGGGAGAUGAAGCAGAGGCCGGCACGGAGGUCAUCUCAAAGCCCGUGGAAGAGGCUGCCACCGGGGCUGACAAUAUCUGAUUUGUACUUAGCACAUUUUGACAAUUUUGUUGUAACGGAUAUUUGUAUGCUCUCGGCCUCGGCCAUUUUGUAAUAUGUACUUCAACUCUUCCAUUCCUUUGAUGAAUGAAUACUUGCCUUCGGGCUUUUUGUAUAUAAUUCGUUCCCUUCGAUUGUCUUUCUUUGAAUGUA